GCUACGCAACGAAGAUCCACAGCCCUCCCUCUCUCCCCUAUACUCACAUAUCCAUCUGUUUCUCAUUCGGAAAGAGAGCUAAAGAGAAAGGCAAGAGAAGAGGAGAUCACGAUGGUGGAGAAAGGGCCGGGAGCGCCGCCGCACGGUCUGCUAUUAGCAGUGGUGGUAGGAGUGGUGGUGGCAGUGCCAUUCCUCCUCGGCGACGGUGGCGAAGCACUGUUAGAAGCCAUCUCCGAACUCGUAACUCCCGCGGGGCUUCUACUCCUUCCAGUUACUCUCAUACUUGUAAUCCGGUUCUUGUCGUCGGAUCGCGGCACCGCCUUCUCCGACAUCUUCUCCUUCGGCUCCCCGGACUCCAUCCACCGCGUCGGCGGGUCUCCUAUCGGCGUCGCGCUCGUGUUGUUCCUCCUCCUCUUCCUCCUCUACAACCGCAUAUCCCUCUUCGGCGGCGGCGAUGACUCGGGUGAGUAGCCGAAGUUGCGGAAUUACCAUGUUGCCCAUGGUAUAGCAUUUAGCUUGGGGGCAUUUUUGUCAUUUCAAAGUUGCAGCUUCGUGGUUCAGGCUUUCGCUUCUCUAUGUUGGUGGGGCCAAU